AUGGGCUACGUGAUCGGAAACAUCUACGUUAUCACCACCGUGGCCGUCAUUGGCGGUGCACUGUUUGGUUUUGACAUUGCGUCUAUGUCUGCCAUUCUUGGCACCCAACAGUAUAAAUGCUUCUUCAAUCAAACUGGCCGCGGCGAUGAUGGCUCCUGUGGUGGCCCGACCUCCUCUACCCAGGGUGGGAUCUCCGCCGCCAUGCCCGGUGGCUCGUUCGUGGGUGCUCUCAUAUCUGGUAUUCUGACCGACUGGCUCGGUCGCCGCUUGGCCAUUCAGAGUGGCUCAGUGAUUUGGUGCAUCGGCAGUGCUAUUGUCUGCUCAUCCUUCGGUAUCGCUCAACUGGUGGUUGGCCGCUUCAUCAACGGCGUCUCUGUCGGCAUUCUCAGCGCCCAAGUGCCCGUCUAUGUCGCAGAACUGGCGCAACCCAGUAAACGUGGUCAGGUGGUCGGCGCACAGCAGUGGGCAAUUACCUGGGGCAUUUUGAUCAUGUUCUACAUUUCCUAUGGCAGCAGCUUCCUGGCCGGCCCCGCCGCCUGGCGUCUGCCCUGGGGUCUGCAGAUGAUCCCGGCGGUCUUUCUCUUCGGGAUGGUCUUCCUGCUCCCGGAAAGUCCUCGUUGGCUGGCCAAGCAUGAUCGGUGGGAGGAGGCGCACGAGGUGCUGGCCUUGGUGCACUCGAAGGGUGACAAGAAUGCCCCCUUUGUGCAGACCGAGCUGCAAGAGAUUCGCGAAAUGGUGGAGUUUGAGCGCGCGAACUCCGAUGCAUCCUACCUGGAUCUCUUCAAGGGCAACAUGAUCUUCCGGACCCAUAUCGGCAUGUUCACCCAGAUCUGGUCUCAGCUCACCGGAAUGAAUGUCAUGAUGCUUUACAUCACGUAUGUCUUCGGCAUGGCCGGUCUGUCGGGCAAUGCCAACCUCGUCGCCUCGUCCAUUCAGUAUGUGAUUAACGUGGUGAUGACGGUCUUCGCCCUGCUUUUCAUCGACCGAUGGGGACGACGUACUCCGCUGCUCAUCGGCUCAACCCUGAUGAUGACCUUCAUGUUCGCCAAUGGUGGGAUCAUGGCGAGUUACGGCAAGCCGGCCCCAGUAGGCGGACUUAACCAUACUCCCGAGCAAUCCUGGGACCUGAGCGAGGCCCCCUCCGCCGCCAAGGGGGUGAUUGCCUGCACGUAUCUGUUUGUGGCCAGCUUUGCCCCUACCUGGGGCCCGGUGAGCUGGAUCUACCCACCCGAGCUCUAUCCGCUGCGCCUACGUGGUAAGGCUGUGGCCGUGUCAACCGCAUCCAAUUGGAUCUUCAACUUUGCCUUGUCCUACUUUGUCCCCCCGGCGUUUGAGAACAUCAAGUGGAAGACCUACCUCGUCUUCGGUGUUUUCUGCUUUGCCAUGACGGUGCACGUCUUCUUCUGCUUCCCCGAGACGGCCGGCAAAACCCUGGAAGACGUCGAGACCAUGUUCGCCACCCCGGGUCUCAAACCCUGGCAGACCAAAGUUCAGUUCCAUCACGUGCGCCAGUUGGAGACGGGUGCUCUCCAGUCGGAGAAAUUGGCCGAUCUGCAUGCGGAGGCCGGGACUCGCUCCACUGAGAAGGAGACUGUUGUGACGCCUCCCAAGGAGUAG